GACCUUCAAUCCAAGUACAGCUUACCAUCGAGCGUUAGCGGAGCUUUACCUUCGGAGAUCGGGUGGUCUCCGUUUUGCUUGAGGGAAGCAAUCUGGCGCUUGUAUCCGUUGGAAAAAUCUACUUGUGGUUAGCGUUGUAGCACAAUUGAACAAAGAUUACGUCACGUACCCUGUAGCAUGGUCAAUAGCUCGUCGCUGAGGAUGAGGCCUUCUUCCUUGUAAAGAUGCUUGAUUGCGUUGGAAAAUCCAUUUAUGGUUGAGUACGAAUUGUGCUUGCGAGGAGUUAUUUCGCGUCCUUUCGAGUCGCGUUUGAUGGAUAUGUAUGCGAGGAACCUUUGGCACACAGCCUUGGUCACAGGGAGGGCCACCUUGCCGUCGAUGAGUGAUUCGGGGGAGUAUUGUUCGAGCCAACGGGAAAACCGCGCUAGAAUUGACCUGUACUGCUGGCGAGUAGACGGAACGAUACGCAAGGCAAUUAUAUCAUCACCAGCUUGUUGCCCAUCAGCGCAACUCGCUGCAAUUGUUGGAUCCAUUGACGUUUGGUGCCGCUGUGAAGCGGUGUGAGCUCUCGAAACAAC